AUGGUGACCGGAGAGGAAUAUCCACCUCACCUGAAGCUGGAGGUGAUUCCUGACGAAGACAAUGGAGGAACUAAGCUAAGGUUCUCCGGCCCUGUUAUCAUCCUGCUGGAUAUCCUCGCUUUCAGUCUGAACUUCACAUAUGGGUUGACCCGUCCGCCUGACAGAGGCUGGGGGUAUCUCCUGCCCAAUGGUUCUUGGACUGGUAUGGUUGGGCAAGCAGCGAGGAAGGAAGUGCACAUAUCUCUUGGCCCACUAGCCAUAACAAGGGCCCGGAGCCUCGUCGUCGACUACACGGCUCCUCUCCUCGUGGACUACGUGAGGAUCGGCGCCAGGCGAGGGGAGACAGCCGUCGACCCUUGGGGAUUCGCGUACCCUCUCACUUACACCGUGUGGGUCGCUACCUUCCUGGGUCUCGCCCUCUUGAUGAUCACGGCCAAACUCUUCCCCUUCGAUGCCGUGACCCCGUCCAAUGUGACGGAAAGUUUCUCUGGCACGAACUACUUGCGGGUUUUCUUGAUGCAAGAUCUGAAAAACGAUAUCAUUCACGGCUGGAAAGAGCGAGCUAUCAUCGGCGGCUGGAUCAUCGCAAUGUUCAUACUGAUGGAGAGUUACAGCUGCAACCUCAUGUCGCUGCUGGCCGUACGGUACGUGUCGCAGCCUUACCAGACCAUCAAGGCUGUCGUGGACGACAAGCGCGUGACGAUGCUGUGGGAAGGAAACACAGCUUACAUACAGCACAUAAUGAGUGCCGAGUCAGGGACGUUCUACGACGUAGCCCAGACUCGAUUUAGCAAUCGUCUGCAGUACCUCAGCUCCAGCGAUUACCCGACGGCGAUGGCGACGAAGGUCAUGCAGGGAGAUCACGUGCUCAUGGUGGAAGACCUGGCCCUCAAGAUGCUAAUGGCCGAGCACUUCACUCAGACAGGAAGCUGCAAAUUCUACCUGUCGAAGGAAAUGUUCCUUCCCUUCACAUUUGCCAUGAUUCUCCAGAGCCAUAGUCCAUUUGGCUCAGCCAUAAACAAAAGAGUGAAGGCGAUAACGGAAAGUGGCCUCUAUGACUACUGGCUCAAGAAUGCAGUUCCCAAUUCAACUUCUUGUGUGAAGGCACCGACCAAAGUGGCCUUUCAAGCGAAUCUCUCCAUUCAGAAUAUCUGGGGAAUGUUUGUGCUCCUUGCCGUCGGUUUCAUGAUCGGACUCAUUUGUCUGAUCUUAGAGGUUGGCUUGGCUUACUGCGGCAUUUCGUUGAAGAUUUUCGAUAUGUAGCUUUAUAAUCUUGGUUGCAGAAGACGACUACUGGAAAUACUUUAA